AUUACAUCUUAAAAUUUCAAGUUGAUGUGAUAAAAAAUGAGUAUAAAUACCGGACACCCGAACAUGGGAAGGUAUCAAACAAACAAGCAACAAUCAUGUUCAAGUUUGUAGUCCUCGCCGCUCUCGUAGCAUCCGCCAUUGCCACUCCGGCCAGGAUUUCCCAUGGCGAGCCGGUUGAUAUUGAACACUACAAGUACCAGGUCUCCGUCCAGUACUUAGGUGCUCACGAAUGUGGUGGUACCAUCAUUGGCGAAAGAUGGGUUGUCACCGCUGCUCACUGUAUCAAAGACUACGACCAUGUAACACUCUCUGUUCACGCUGGUGUUACCAACUUCAAUGAAGUCGGUCAGAAACGCGAAGUAGCCUACCGCUACGAGCACCCUGAAUUCAAUGCCGACACUUUGGAAAACGACAUCGCCGUUCUGGAAUUGUGGGAUGAUCUCGAGUUCAACGACAAAGUCGGCGCAGCUAAUUUGCCUUCGUCCGGUGCUGAUCCUGCUAGUGGUACUGACGCUGUUAUCACCGGCUGGGGUGCUGAUCAGGAAGGUGGCUGGGCAAGCGAACAUCUCUUGGCUCUUACCGUCCACAUUGACGACCGUUCUACAUGCAAAAUCAGCUCUGCUGUUACAGGUGUUCUUGGUUCCCAGCUGUGCGCCAGUGCACACAGAGGUGGCCCAUGCCACGGUGACUUUGGUGGCCCACUCGUCAUCGAUGGAACAUUCGUCGGUAUUAUGGCCUCCAGCAUUAGCUGCGGUCACCCAGAGUACUCUGCUCUUUACACCAACGUUGCCUCUUUUGUUGACUUCAUCGAUGAGGUGAUUGCUUCUGCUGGUCGUCGUUAAUUGAUUGACUGUUUUAAAUGACUAUAAAUAAAAUUUGAUUGCAAGAUAA